UCAAACCCAGAAGCACCGACAGGGAGAGGGCGCUGAGCACUCCUCCUCGCGGCCAGGCGACAGCAGCACGUGGCGCGCCCCGACCCUGACCCGGCCAGGCCGUCGCUCCGACCCCCGCCGCGACCCCGGCUCCCCGCGUGCACUUGAAGCUCGGGUGUGUAAGUCCCGCCCGCCGGGCUUAACCAGGCCCCGGCGGCCACUAAAGGCGGCCACGAACCCGCCGUCCCCGAAACUUUCCUCGACCCUCCCGGAUCAGAAGUGGACAGUGUCCUCAGCAACCCCUCCCCCCAGGUCCCGGGUCUGCCUCCGCCCGCCCGGCGAUCCCGGAGUUUGGAACGGGAGGCCCCGCCUACCUGAGGGCCCAGCCCGGCGGACCGCAAGGGAGUUGCACUUCCGCCAGACGCACGCACUUCCGGCCUCCUGGAACCAAUGAGAGUGCGGCCGCGGUGUCCCCCUGUCUGGGGUCCGGGCGAUGGUCGUCUCCGGGAGGACUGGGUCCGUUGUGUCCGUGAGCGGUGUGGACAACAGGGAAGAUGUCAGAGUUUUCCAUGUAGAGCAACAACUUCAAGUUCUUACCAUGGACAAAUCAGAGAAGACUGAAGUAGUUCUUCUUGCUUGUGGUUCAUUUAAUCCAAUCACCAACAUGCACCUCAGAUUAUUUGAGCUGGCCAAGGAUUACCUGAAUGGAACAGGAAAAUAUAGAGUUAUCAAAGGUAUAAUUUCUCCUGUUGGUGACGCAUAUAAGAAGAAAGGGCUCAUCCCUGCCCACCACCGAAUCAUCAUGGCAGAACUUGCCACCAAGAGUUCCAAUUGGGUGGAAGUGGACACAUGGGAAAGUCUUCAGAAGGAGUGGACUGAGACUGUUAAGGUGCUGAGGCACCAUCAAGAGAAGCUGGAGGCUGGCAGCUGUGAUCACAAGCAGAACUCACCUGUGCCUGAAAGACCUGGACGGAAGAGGAAGUGGGUGGAACAAAGACAGGAUUCCAGUCAGAAGAAAUCCCUAGAUCCCAAAGCAAAAGGUGUGCCACAGGUGAAGUUGCUGUGUGGGGCAGAUUUUUUGGAGUCCUUCGGUGUGCCCAAUUUGUGGAAGAGUGAGGACAUCACCCGCAUCGUGGCAGACUAUGGACUCAUAUGUGUCACUCGGGAUGGAAGUGAUGCUCAGAGAUUCAUCUAUGAGUCUGAUGUGCUGUGGAGACACCAGAGCAACAUUCACCUGGUGAACGAGUGGAUCAACAACGACAUCUCGUCCACAAAGAUCCGGAGAGCCCUAAGAAGGGGCCAGAGCAUUCGAUACUUGGUACCAGACCUGGUCCAGGAGUACAUCGAGAAGCAUGAUUUGUACAGCUCCGAGAGUGAGGACAGGAACGCUGGGGUUGUCCUGGCUCCUCUGCAGAGAAAUGCUGCCCAAGCUAAGUCAUAGAAAAGUGUGGACCACUCUUUUGGAGAUUUGAAACAGACUGGUGUUAGUAACUCAGGAAAGGAAUUGUUACCCUGUUUCAUAAAUUAAAUUUUAAAAAUAUGAUAAAAGUGAGUUGGAAAUUAAAAUUAGAUUUGUUUUUUCUUUUUA